CAUGUACUCACUGAGAGCUCGAGUGAAAUCUUUUUUAGCAAUUGUUUGAAAAUCUCUUGGUGAUCUUAAUCUGCAGAAUGGCUAUUCUAGGUUGUGGAGUAUUGCUAUCCCUUGCUUUGCUAAGUUUGAGUAUUGGAAUUAACUUGUGCCUCUCUGAAAAUGGAAAAGAAAUAGAUUUCAGUGCUCAUGGUGAAAAUGCCUCUCCAAGUACCACUAAGAAGGAUAAGGGAAAAAGAUGGGCAGUUCUAAUUGCCGGGUCAAAUGGUUACUACAACUAUAGGCAUCAGGCUGAUAUAUGCCAUGCAUACCAGAUACUGAAAAAAGGUGGACUGAAAGAUGAGAACAUCAUUGUUUUCAUGUAUGAUGACAUUGCACACGACCCUGAAAACCCUAGACAAGGUGUCAUCAUCAACAAGCCAAAGGGACGUGAUGUUUACAAAGGAGUUCCCAAGGAUUAUACAGGGACAGAUGUUAACUCAAAAAAUUUCUAUGCUGUUAUUCUUGGAAACAAAAAGAACCUCACUGGAGGUAGCGGCAAGGUUUUGAAAAGUGGUCCAAAUGACCAUGUUUUCAUCUAUUAUGCAGACCAUGGUUCUGCAGGAUUACUUGGGAUGCCUAGUGAGUAUGAUGCUGUUUAUGCUAAAGAUCUUAUCCAAGUGCUAAAGAAGAAGCAUGCUUCUAACGGUUUCAAAAGCAUGGUAUUCUACAUCGAAGCUUGCGAGUCGGGGAGCAUAUUUGAGGGCCUCCUUCCAAAUAAAAUGAAUAUUUAUGCUACAACCGCAGCAAAUGCAGAAGAGAGUAGUUAUGGGACAUAUUGUCCAGGUGAAGCUGAAGUUCCUGAGGAGUAUGAUACCUGCUUGGGAGACUUGUAUAGUAUUUCCUGGUUGGAGGAUUGUGACAGCAAUGAUUUGCGCAAAGAAACUUUGGAGAAGCAAUAUGAAAGGGUUCGAAGAAGAACAAAUGAGUCUCAUGUUAUGCAGUAUGGAGAUAUGAGCCACAGGAAGGAGUUCCUCUUCACUUACAUGGGUGCAGAUCUUGUGAAUGAUAGCUAUACUUCCAUCGGCGAUAUCUCUUCACCCUCAAGGGCUGUUAACCAACGUGACACAAAACUCCUUUAUUUUCAGCACAAGUUCCUCAGAGCUCCUGCCGGCUCUCAUGCAAAACUGGAAGCUCGAAAGCAGCUGCUUAAUGAAAUUGCUCAUAGGAAACAUGUGGACUAUAGCAUCCAUAAAAUAGGGGAGCUUUUGUUUGGACACCAGAAGAGCUCAAACAUGCUGAUGAACGUUAGGCCUCGGGGACAACCUGUAGUAGAUGAUUGGGACUGCUACAAGAAGUUUCUGAGGAUUUAUAAGAAGUACUGUGGACAUUUAUCAACAUAUGGAAUGAAAUACGCGCGAGCUAUAGCCAACAUAUGCAAUGCUGGGGUAACCAUGGAGAAAAUGGUUGCAGCUUCUGAUCAAGCUUGUUCCAAAAAACCCUUUGUCUAGAACUUCCUUUUCUGAUCAGCUGAAGAAAUAAAAGGUUAUGUAUAUGAAAUUUAUGUUGGUCUAAUGGGGUUGAUGUUACAACAGUCUUCGUAUGAAAAUAAGAAAUGAAAAUUAA